AUGGUUGCGAAAGUUUCCACAUCGGACAUUUUGCGCCGCUCCUCCACAACAAGCUCUUCGAACCCGCAUUGCUUUCUGGACAGGAUCAUCGGGGGGAAAGCCACCCGCGGCGGAAGCUGGAGGGCUGAAACCCGUGGCAGGAGCCGGUUGCUGCUUCACAAAAAGCUCCUCAGAAUCAGGCAUCGCUUUCGUCCCCUCCACGGUCAUCCGGCUCUGAGAAAGGGCUUCGCCCUCAGCCUUGAGCUUUUUUUGUUCGGCCGCCGGUGUUGUGGUAAAUCCACUCCUCCGCCGUCAUCCGGCUCUCAGGUAGCUUGUAUUACCGGCUACUCUCAGCAGCAUGGGGUCGUGGCCCUGCAGGGGCCCCUGGGGUUCAAACACUUUUCAGGCGAACUCUGCGUAGACUGA